UCAGGUAAGACCAUGGGGGAGCAACCCUCAGCGAAGUCCUUUGGGAUAUGGGAAGGAAUUGUGAGCUACAUGGUCAGUAACCUGUUGGUGUUCACCUGUUUGGGGUCUGUUGCACUGGGGGUAAUCAUUGGCGUGCUUGUGAAGACCUUUGAUGAACUCCAACAAGUGGAAGAGCUGUACUUGAUGUUUCCAAUAGAUAUACUGUCUCACAUGAUUAAGGGGGUGUCCAUCCCCCUAAUUGCAAGCAGUGUGGUGUUGGGAAUUCGUACUUUCAAGACCGCACCCUCCAAGACAAUUGCCUUGUAUACAGGACUUUAUUUCCUCUCAACAACUCUGAUCGCUGUGGUCAUCGGACUGACUCUGAUAUGGGUGCUGCGGUCAGGAUUCAAAUACCCCGAUCCGGAAGACCAGAACUUCUUCUCGAUCGAUACCUUCCUGGUUUUGUACAGGAACAUCUUUCCAGACAGUAUGAUGCGGUCCUUUGUCAAACACUACCGUCUGGAAAAGAAGGAAUUUACCGUUUCUGGAGUCGCCACAAACGCUGGCAUCACUGAGAACAAGACUGGCAUAGAUUAUCAAGGUACCUACCAAUACGGAGUGGACAUUCUCGGCCUCUUGUUCAUUUCUUUUAUGUCUGGACUGGCGUUUAACGAAAUGGAAGAGUCGCGGGUCAUAGUGCGGCUGAUUUGCACCAUCAGUCAGAUAACUGACGAUUUCUUCCACUUGAUUCGCAGUUACCUACCAGUGGGAGUCCUGUUCAUGUCAAUAUAUCAGGUUACCAACAUUAAUGACUUUGAUAUAGGCCUUCAUCUGGUGAAAUUUGUUGGCAUGGUUCUUGCUGGGCUCUUCUUGCACGGAGCCAUUGUCCUGCCUCUGAUCUAUCUUGUGCUUGCGCAAAGUAAUCCCUUCACUGUCAUCCGCGGGGUCUUACCUGCGCUGCGGACUGCAUUACUCCUCUCCUCCAGUGCUGCUACAAUGCCGGUCACUUUACACUGCUGCAAGAACAACAACAUUCACAACAAAGUCACCCGUUUUAUGCUGCCCAUCGGGACCAAUAUAAACAUGAACGGGACAGCUCUGUAUCAGGCUGCGGCUGCAGUCUUCAUCGCCCUAGUGCACAACAUCUAUCUGGACUUCAACCUAUUGUUCAGUAUUGGGGUCGCGGCAGCAGCGUUCAGCUUUAUAAGCAAAGGGGUCCCGGCGUGCGGAGCCUUAACGUCCCUCUUUAUCCUGAACGCCACAGAUCUGCCUCUGAGUGGCGCCUGGAUCCUGGUGACGGUAGAGUGGAUUCUAGAUCACCCCGCCACUCUUGUUAACGUCUUGGGAGACUGCAUCGGCAUCGCUCUUGUCCAAGAACUGUCCACAGACGAACUGAUAGCUGCGAGCCUUCACCAGAGAAGAGCAAAGGCUCAAGACUGGCAAGCUGCUGUGGAAGAGUAUGAAGAAGUGCAAACUCACUGGAACGCCUACACAUCCGCCUCGUGAACUCCAAUCAGUUAAACUGAAUUUUUGAGCUCA